AUGGUGGUGGACUAUAGUCAAACCAUCAAUAGGUUUACGCAGCUUGACGCAUACCCCCUACCCCGCAUCGCGGAUAUGGUCAACCAGAUUGCUCAGUAUAAGGUGUACUCGACAAUAGAUCUGAAAUCCGCUUAUCACCAGCUCCCCAUCUGCCCAGAGGACCGCCCCUACACCGCCUUCGAGGCGGGCGGCCGGCUCUAUCACUUCCUGCGCGUCCCUUUCGGUGUCACGAAUGGUGUCUCUGUCUUCCAGAGGGAAAUGGACCGGAUGGUGGACCAGUACCAACUGCAGGCCACAUUUCCCUAUCUGGAUAACAUCACCAUCUGUGGUCAUGACAGGCCAGAUCACGACGCCAACCUCCAACGGUUUCUCCAAGUGGCCGCAGCUCUGAACCUUACUUAUAACAGGGACAAGUGUGUUUUUGGUACCACCCGCCUUGCUAUACUUGGGAAGUCUGUCACUGGGACCACCCUACCAGUUUGGCUGACGUCCCCGGGGCCAGUGCUGCUCCGGAAACAUGUGAGGAGCAAUAAAUACUCCCCGCUGGUGGAGAGGGUUCACCUUCUCCAUGCGAACCCCCAGUAUGCUUACGUGGUCUUACCUGAUGGGCGGGAGGACACGGUCUCCAUCCGCGACCUGGCACCCGCAGGUGCAGCAGACCACUACCCUGAAGGCUCUCCGGUAACUGUGAACCCUGCACCAGAGGUGACACCGUACUCACCAGGCCCUACACAGACUCCUCACGACACUUGUAUACCGGGCGUUUCGUACGCAUUUAUACCAGGCGCCUCGCACAUGCAUGAGGGAUCACCGGCGCCUAGUGGGCAAGAACACGCGCAACCCCCGUCCCCUGUGCAAUCGCCAAUGUUGCCGGAACCUAUGCGGUCACAGCCGGUGCUACGUAGAUCGCAGCGACAGAUUCGACCGCCUGAUCGGCUUGACUUGUAAGAACCUUCGCUACAUGAGGACUUUUUCAAACGAAGGGGGGGUGAAUGUGGUGAACUAUGUGCCUGUCGGGACACGCCCCUGCUGACUGCUCCUGUGGCUCCUCCCACAGGCCCCUGUAUAAAGGAGACCUGCGGCCUGAAGAUCGGCCUCAGUCUCCAGGACCUUGUAUGAUAGACACUCACUCCUGGUUCCUUCUUCCAGUCAAUAAAAGCCGAUAUCUCGCCUACGUCUCAGUGUGAGUUAUUGAUGGUGCAUCACUGUCCAAAUCUUUAGGAUGGGCUGGCGCAUUGUCAAACGACAGAAGAACUUUAAAGGCAAGAUUCUAUUCCCGGCAGUAGCGCCCCAGAGCUGCGUUACCUUCACUCUAUGCUGCGCUGUUUAUAAUCUCCAACUUUUUUUCAAGUGUUAAAGCGGUUCUCUGCUGCUCGGCUGAUGGCCCAGGACAUGACAUCGGACUCUUAGGAAGCAUAGU